AUGGCUGCCGCCGUGGGGUUCGCGCGCCUCGAGGAGGAGCGGCUCCCGAGCGAAGGGGGAGCUGCUGCCUGGAGGCCUAGGAAAGAAUGUUUACUGAAGAAUAUUCCAAACAUUGCUGAUAAUGAGGCUCAAGAAGGUGAAUUCCCUGAUAUCCCUCACUAUGAAAAAGAUGCUAGCGGAUCUCCUGUUGAAUCUGCUCACUUCUGCCCCGAUCUGGAAGACUCGGAUGGUGAAGCAUCGAGUAUGCCUGAGGCUGCAGCGUUUCCUGAGCUUCAGACUGCCUCUGAGUAUGAGGUGGAGGACUGGGAUAAAGAAUUGGAGGACUCUGAAUUUACUCCUUAUGAUGCUGGCGAUCUCCACUGUGGAAGCUUUCAGGAAAAUAAUCUUUUGGCCUCAUAUUCAUGGCGAGAGGAUUCCUUUUACAACCCAGGGUGUCACCAUGCAGCUUGCGUUGCUUUUACAUCGCCAAUUAGAAUGACUGAGACUGGCCAGUUUGAUGAUGCUGAAGAAUGAGGUUGCCCCUGGUCAGAACUAAGUUUGGCUUCUGAGUUGGACUGUGUUCUUCUCUGAUUAAGUCAUGUUAAGCCCUUUGGCUUGCUUGCAGAAUUCUGUAUAAGGUCAGAAGUGCUGCACCAUCUCUGAAGGUUUUUCUUAGACUGUUCCUGAAGUGUGUAUAAGCUGACUGUGCUUGACCUCUAGGAACCAGAGUGCAGGUGCUAGCUGUAAGGAGUCAUUCAUUUCUGGAGUUAUAUAGCUCUAUGUUGUUGCUAAUGAACUGCUUAGGAGGAAGUAUUUAAUUUCUAACCGUCAGCCUGAUUGCCAAGUUUAGCCAGUUUUAACAGGCUGAUCCCAGUGUGUCAAGCCUGCGUAACUUGUAGUGUUCUUUUCUUUGCAUUUGAUGCUAUCAAAUUGGUUCAGAUAGCUUUAAAAACUCUUCCUCCUUUCAACUUCUGUGUUGUAAUUCUAUGUUGCAGUUUCUCACUCCGUAUCGAAUUCUGGUGUUUGACAAAAUUAGCCAUGACAGAUACAGAAUGAAUUGUUUUGUUUCUAAUUUUUAAUGCCUUUCAGUAUGAAUGGAUUAUAAGCAUUUGAGAUACAUUUUGCUUUUACACAUGUGGACAUCAGUGAGGACUGGACAGUUGGGCCUGCUGCACCUGAUAAGAAUGAUGGGUGUUUAAGAGUCUGCCUUCCAGCAGAGCUUUCUGCACGUCAGACUUUCUUGUAUUUGGGCAUAUUGUCCUCUAGUCUCACCAUUGUCUCUAUAGCAUCCUCAUGUGAUGUCAGACCUGUAUGGAGGAAGAAAAUAUCUGUGCUUAAAUAGUGUCUUGCAGUAUGUGAUCUCAGCACGUCCUGCAGACAGUAGUGAAUUUAGGUUCAUGACACUACUGAUAUUUUUGUGGUGGUGGUGGUGGUGUUUGUGUUUUGAUAAGUGAGGAAAUGGCCACGCAAAAUAUCUGCAGAACGCCUCUUAAGAGAACAGCUGGAACUAUAACAAUAUCCUCCUUGCCCUUGCUUUGGAGUUAAAGGAAAUGUUCUCAAGUGAAGUAUAUAAGUGGAUUGAGUGGCUGAUCACUUAAGUAAUAGUUCAUGUUUCAGUGUUUCAUAUUUCAUUACUCACUUUUCUCUCAGAACUUUUUAAAGAUGUCUUUUUUUUGACACUGAUUGAUACUGAGGCACAGUACCCAUAUUCGUUCUCAGGCAAGGAGUUAACAUUCAGCAUUGGAAGAUUCUUUUUGUUUGUUGUAAUCAUCCAGUGUAUGAGACUGAAAUAAUUUGAAGUAUUAGUUUGGAAGGAAGAAGUGAAUGACACAGUAAUGUUUCCUUAAUCUUUUCAUUGAGCAGAGGAGGACAAGAGUGUGGAAGAGUCUUUUCUGGUACAUUGCAGUUUCUAGUUAAAUACUAGUACCUAGCAAACAAGCCUAGUAAAGGCUGGAAGCUUAGAGAUGAGGUUGCAGCAAAGACAGCCUGUUCUUUUAUCCCUGUGUGAUACAGUGCUCUAGGGAGUAAUAUUUCUAGCAAAAGUUACUUCAGCAUGCUUCCAGAACAUAUACAUGCAGCAUAUACAGCAGAAAGCACAGUCUAACAGUUUGUUCUUACCUUGCAGAGCAAGAAAGCACUAUUUGUGCUCUCUAAGGCAUUGGAGGUGGGUUUUGUUCUGUGUCUGACUGCUGUGUUUCAGAGACAGAGUACUGCUCUUCAUGAUGAGCAGAACUCUGCAUUAGUUAGAAGCUGCAUUUGCCUCUGUGGAAUAGAAGUAAGAAUUGACUAUGCCAGAUUUUUCAGGCUUGGAUAUAUAGCAGCUUCUUUCUCCAACCUAGAAAACAGAAAUGAAACUCAGCAUAAAUAUAACUGACCAUCAGCUCGCUGAAGUUGCUGCUCUGCAUUUAUAAAUGCAAUAUAAAUAAAUAUAAAUUGAGUACAGAUUGGUUUUGAAGUAACGGUGUGUACCACUAGAUAAUAAAAGUUCCUCUGAAAAAGCGUAGUUUAUUUUGUAAGACUAUUUGUUAAUUUCAAGGAUGGCAAUGCUCAAUGCUGCCCUGCAGAGGGCAGCAAAAAAUUGUCUAGUCUGCAAGCAUGCUUUCACUUGGCAAUAAACUUCACCAGUAAGUGUCAGAUCCCUGGGCUGGAUUUCUAACAUUACAAUAACUAUUUAGAUCUGGGUUCUGCACAGCCCUGUUGUUCCCCAGUGAGCUUGAUUCAUGGCCCUGAUUAGUUUCUCUUUUUUUAUUUCACCCUCAAAUUGUACUUGCUGGACUGAAAAAUUUCUCCCAUGGCUGAGAAAAGAACAUCAGUUGACUUUGGGCUUCAUGUGUGUGUAUAUAUAUUUUUUUUACUAUGCUUGUGGGAGACAUCCCAUAGGAUUUAAUAAAGAUGAAAGUAACAGAAUUCUGUAGAAGCAAAGCUGCCUUCUUGAGAAUUAUGAUUUAAAAGGAUAACCAAAACAUCCUUAAAAUUGAUUAGGUUGAUUUUUCUUCCUGUACGAUUCCAGAAUUCCAUCAGUCCUAAAGUCUCUAAGCCCUUUCUUAUAUAUUCCAUAAAUGGAAGGCACAUCUCAAAUCAAGUUUGUAGUUUUUUUAGCCUAGACAAGGCUGAUUCCAAUUAGAAGUAUAUCUGGAUUGUUUUGUUAUUUGAAGAGAAAUAGUCUUGAAUGGCUGCCUUACCAAGCUGUUUGUAUUUUAAAUGACUGUAUACUUAAAAGACUUGUGAUUAGUUUUCCCUUUCCCUUUUCGGUUAAACCCGACUGCAACCUCCUCCCAGCCACGUAAAAAUAUGACAAGAGGCUUUCACAACAGAGUUGCAUUGCCCUCUCUAGGGAUGUGUUGGCAAAUGUAACGUCGUUCGUCUUGGCCCUGCUUGUUAGGGAAGGGGCUUGAUGUAAAGACUGAUCUGAAUUCUCCCAAACUUCAGUGGGAUUAGAAAACCAGAUGCAGCCUUCU